CUCCAUUGCUUCAAAAUGCACCCACCACACCUGUCUAUUCACAAUAAGUAUAACCAUACUCUGGAUUUCUUGACCAAAAGAGUUGGUGACAGAAUACGACUAGAGACACUGGAAGUCAAGGCCGGGGUCCUCAAUUUAUGCGAUUCAGACUUGGGAGAGCUCAGAUUGUGGGUUUUGGGGAAGAUGAGGAGGAUUGUUGAAUUGUCCCCAGCGGACGAAAUUUCAUUCAUUCCAGGCAAUCUGAAAAUAGAGAGCUUGACACACAACAAUGGCAAUCUCGGUGUUGUAAAUGACCCGUACAGUUUCAAGACCCAGUUCAAUCCGGCCGUUGCGAUCGUCAUCGUGGUGCUGCUCAGUAUUCUCUUUUUCAUGGGUGUUUUCUCCAUUUACAUCCGGCGCUGUAUAAUGGAGGACGACGGUCCGGGCCCUUCUACACGGGUUGGGGCGGUGAAUAAUGAUAUUCCAGAGGUGGGUCCGGGACUGGAACGGACUGUCAUCGAGAGCUUCCCUGUUUUCAGCUACAGUCUGGUGAAGGGCCUCAAAUCAGAGGCCAAGGGCUCCGAGUGCGCCGUCUGUUUGAGUGACUUCGAGGGCCAGGAAAUGCUACGGUUGCUUCCUAAGUGCAGCCACGCUUUUCAUCCGGAGUGCAUCGAUAUGUGGCUCUGCUCGCACACCACUUGCCCGUUGUGCCGGACCAGCCUUCUGCCCGACCCGGCACGCCCAAGCACCGAGGUCGCUUUCGUUGAAGCUUCGACACAGACACCGCCGGAACAGUUGACGAUUGUGACGGACACCCAAGGCAGCCAUUCAAAUGAUGAAGGAGCUCCACAGAUGGGCAACGAUUCGGCAGGGCAUUCAUUGAUAAGAGUAAGGAAGGAGUUGGAGCAGCCGACUGAGUGGUAUAUCGCCACUGCAGAGGGUCUGACACCCGGGUUGCGCAAGAGCUGCAGUUUUCAACUUGAGCAUCCUUCGCAGGGACCGUCUAGUUCUAAGGUAACGCCCCGUUGUGGUUCUCUUGGUAACGCAGGGUGUGGAGCUAGAUCGGAGCGGUGGGGAAGCAUUAGUGUUAAUCCGGCAUCGUUUCUCAGGACGUUUUCUGAGCGGUUUGUGCCUCAGUCCGUGGAGAGCAAGCGGUUUAACGGCAGAGGCGGAGCACUGAGUUGAAUGAGAUUGGUUUCUACCCAGCCGAGCUGAAAGAUAUUGUACUCCAACGAGGGGCGCGGAUUCAUUUGAACAGUUGUGGUGAGCACAUUCAGAUUGUUUGCGCACUUGCAGAGAACCGGGGCUUUCGCUGGCGAAUCAAUUUAAAAAGGAAAUGUGUAAGUAGGAACAUGACAUUGUCUCGAAACAUUGAACAUAAAAUUUUAUAUUCAGAACUGUUUUACUGGAGAGAGAAGCUGCUUAUUCUACCUCUGAAUUGUAAUGGGUACGAAGUAUGAGUUAAAAAGCGUUUAUGUUUGCCACCGGAAGUGCCGACAGUGAUUAUUAUCUGUAUAAGUUUUCGUAUUCAGAAAGAAAAAUAUGAUUGUUUAACUGUAUA